CCAGUAUAAGUAAAGACUUGUUUUGUACCUACGUGGACAACGAUCACCCAUUGCUGAAAUACCAGCCUGGUAAGAUGGAAAUUAUCUCAUCGGACCCACAAAUCUUUGUCUUCCAUGACACUUUUACACCAAAGAUCAUCUCAACGUUCCUGAAACAAAUAGUACCAUACUUGCAGAGAUCUACAGUCAACGUCAAUAAAACAUCUAGUUCUAUUUCUGAACAUAGAACAAGUAAAGGGGUGUCUUUUCAUAGCGAUGGCAUGAUUACAAAACUCUACAACUAUGUUGGUGCUUUGACCUCAUUGCGAUGGGAGUCCUUCGAAAACUUUCAGAUAGCAAACUAUGGUAUCGGAGGACACUACGAGACCCAUCAUGAUACAAAAAAUCCCGGUAAAAUUGAGACGAUAUUUUCAAGUAACCACAGAAUAGCUACUUUUAUGAUAUACUUGACGGACGUUGAGAAAGGCGGAGCAACAGUGUUCCCACAAGCUAAUUUAUCUGUGGUACCAAAAGCGGGAAAAGCAGUGUUUUGGUACAACUUAAAUCCCGAUGGAAAUCCAUGUGAUGAAACAAGACACGGAGCAUGUCCGGUUGUUAUUGGAGAUAAAUACAUUGCAAACAUAUGGGUACGAGAACAUGGUCAAGAAUUUACUAGACCUUGUAACCUUGAUCAAAAUGAUACAAAAUAUAAAUGGCCAAACAUGAACAUUAAAUAGUGGUUGGUAAAUGUGCAAAAUACAGUUUCAGAUUAUUUCGCAAAUACUAGUAUCCAGUUUAACUGUAUAAUUCUACAAAUCAUGACACUUUU